CAAGUGACUGCACGACGACAUUGCCCAGCAGCAGCAAGUCCGAGUGCAAGAUGGUCUUCUACUUCACCAGCAACAUCGUCGACCCGCCGGCCUUCAUCUACGUCGGCAAAGACAAAGUCGAGAACGAGGAUCUCAUCGCCCACGGCUGGAACGAAGAUGUCUGGUUCCAUGUCGACAACCUGAGUUCCGCUCACGUCUACCUUCGAAUGCGCGAUGGCGAAACCUGGGAUCGCAUUCCACAGGAGCUACUCAACGACUGCGCCCAGCUCACCAAAGCCAACAGUAUCGAGGGAAACAAAAAGGAUAACAUUACUGUCAUCUACACGCCAUGGAGCAAUCUGAAAAAGAGCGGCAAUAUGGCUACGGGCCAGGUCGGGUUCCAUAACAACAAAUUGGUCAAGAGGGUAUAUGUGGAGAAGCGGGAGAAUGCCAUUGUGAACCGCUUGAACAAGACCAAGGUGGAGAAAUAUCCCGAUCUGCGGCAGGAGAAGGCAGAUCGUGAGAAUGGAGAGAGAAAGAAGGAGAGGAUAGCUGCGCAGGCAAAGAAGAAAGAAGAAGCCCGCCUUGCAGAGGAGCGAAAGCAACUCAAGUGGCAGAAAGAGCACAUGUAUGACGACGUGCAUACCGAGGAUCAGAUGAGGAGCAACGAAGACGGUUUCGACGAAGAUGACUUUAUGUGAUGACUGCGACUUCGUAGGUGUCUGGAGCAUAAUAGAAGCUGCCUCGAUCAUGCGAUGCGUGAUCUGAGUUCACCUCAUUGCGUCUAAGACUACAUCGUUGUUAUUGGGAACGCUGAGGAGAUUGGCAUGCGAACGACCACGCUUUUUAGCCUGCUAUCUGAAAGCAGCUC